GUAUAAUAAUAAUAAUUAUUAGAAUUAAGAACUUUCCAUAGACGAAAGCAACAAGUUUCUAAUUUCUUGAACCCGCCUCCUUUUCCAUAGUCUCUUUCUUGAACUCUACACAUUCUGAUGCUAUUCAGUCUUUGGGGGCUCUCCAAGAUUUGAUUUUUAGGGGACUUCUUUCCUUGAGCCUACCAUUUUUUUUAUUCUUAAUAUCAAUCCCCAACCUCCAUUUUGCUUCAACUGGGAUUUUUUUUGAAUAUAAAAGGGUUUCAGAGCAAAGCGUUUUCUAUGGAUUCUCAAGUUCUUGUUGCUCUUGGUCUUUCAAUGUUGGGUGGCUUGAGUACCUCUCUAGGUGCCCUUUUUGUGGUUAUUAGCCAGACUCCUAACUUGAAGAUGCUAGGAAUUUUACAGGGAUUUGCUGCUGGUCUUAUGCUCAGCAUAUCAUUCUUUGACCUGGCUCAUAAUGCUAUAAACUCCAUUGGCUUCUUGAAGGGAAAUCUCUGGUUUUUUGCAGGUGUUAUCUUCUUUGCUCUUGUUUCAAAUUUUAUCCCAGAGCCUUCGAUUACACCCAUUUCAGGUGCCAAAGGAAAAAAGAAAGACGGAGAUGAUAGGAACAAAGAUAUUAUGAAGAAGCAUCGCCGCCAAGUGUUAUUUAGUGGAAUCAUCACAGCAGUAGGUAUAAGCUUGCACAACUUUCCUGAAGGGAUGGCUGUGUUCCUUGGAUCAAUGAAGGGACUUCGGGUUGGUCUAAACUUGGCUCUUGCGAUUGCUUUACACAACAUACCAGAGGGCGUUGCUGUUGCACUUCCAGUAUAUUUUGCGACACAAAGCAAAUGGCAGGCAUUCAAAUUGGCAACACUUUCAGGUCUUGCAGAGCCCCUGGGUGUAAUUAUUGUGGGAUAUCUAUUUCCAAGCAGCUUGAAUCCGGAAAUUCUGGAGGGCCUCCUCGGAGCAGUGGGAGGGGUGAUGGCAUUUUUAACCUUACAUGAGAUGCUUCCAUUGGCAUUUGACUAUGCCGGUCAGAAGCGAGCUGUCAAAGCUGUGUUCUUUGGAAUGGCUUUCAUGUCUGCGAGCCUGUAUUUUCUAGAGAGGAGCUUGCCAGCGGACAUGAGCUUUUAGUUCUCGGUCAUAUGGUGUUUCACUAGUGCUGCUCAACUUUGAAGGAAUUUUUUUUUGGUGGUGCUAAGCUUCAAAACGACCAUUUGCGUUCUUAUAAAAUUCACGAAGCACAUUUGGUUUGGGAAGCUGAAUGGAAGGUUAAGGUGUAACAGUUUCUGGGAUUGUUUUAUGUUAAAAAUAGGAGAUUCACGCAUAUCUAAAAUCCUUCAUCCAGAAUCUCAUUUAUGAACAAGGGAUACAUAGGCAAGACAUGGAAAAAUAAAAAAGGCAGGCAAUUGAAAUGCUGAAGGGUGAUGUAAAUGGACAGUCAUAGCUGUAUGUGUAAUCUCAAUUAUUAUAAAGAUAAUGAAACAUUUAGCA